AUGGAGGGCAUGGGCUAUGGGUUCCAGAGGGCCCUGCCACUGACCUAUGCACCCCUGUUGGCUCACUUCCCCCAGCGGCCUGGCAUGUCACCAGGGAGCCGGAUGCCCAUGGCUGGCUUGCAGGUGGGACCCCCUGCUGGCUCCCCAUUUGGUGCAGCUGCUCCACUUCGACCUGGCAUGCCACCCACCAUGAUGGAUCCAUUCCGGAAACGCCUGCUUGUGCCCCAGGCCCAGCCCCCAAUGCCUGCCCAACGCCGGGGGUUGAAGAGGAGGAAGAUGGCAGAUAAGGUUCUACCUCAGCGAAUCCGGGAGCUUGUCCCAGAGUCUCAGGCAUACAUGGAUCUCUUGGCUUUUGAGCGGAAGCUGGACCAGACCAUUGCUCGCAAGCGGAUGGAGAUCCAGGAGGCCAUCAAAAAGCCUCUGACGCAAAAGCGAAAGCUUCGUAUCUACAUUUCCAAUACAUUCAGUCCCAGCAAGGCAGAAGGUGAUAGUGCGGGAACUGCAGGGACCCCCGGGGGAACACCAGCAGGAGACAAGGUGGCUUCCUGGGAACUCCGAGUGGAGGGAAAACUGCUGGAUGAUCCUAGCAAACAGAAGAGGAAGUUUUCUUCAUUCUUCAAGAGCCUUGUCAUUGAGCUGGACAAGGAACUGUAUGGACCUGACAACCACCUGGUGGAGUGGCACCGGAUGCCCACCACCCAGGAGACAGAUGGCUUCCAGGUGAAACGGCCUGGAGACCUCAAUGUCAAGUGCACUCUCCUGCUAAUGCUGGAUCAUCAGCCUCCCCAGUAUAAAUUGGACCCCCGAUUGGCGAGGCUGCUGGGAGUGCACACACAGACCAGGGCCGCCAUCAUGCAGGCCCUUUGGCUUUACAUCAAACACAACCAGCUGCAGGACGGGCAUGAGCGCGAGUACAUCAACUGCAACCGGUACUUCCGCCAGAUAUUCAGUUGUGGCCGACUCCGUUUCUCUGAGAUUCCCAUGAAGCUGGCUGGGUUGCUGCAGCAUCCAGACCCCAUUGUCAUCAACCAUGUCAUCAGUGUGGACCCUAACGACCAGAAGAAGACUGCCUGUUACGACAUUGACGUGGAGGUGGACGACCCACUAAAGGCCCAGAUGAGCAAUUUUCUGGCCUCUACCACCAAUCAGCAGGAGAUUGCCUCCCUGGAUGUCAAGAUCCACGAGACCAUUGAGUCCAUCAACCAGCUGAAGACCCAGAGGGAUUUCAUGCUCAGCUUUAGCACUGACCCCCAGGACUUCAUCCAGGAAUGGCUCCGUUCCCAGCGCCGAGACCUCAAGAUCAUCACUGAUGUGAUUGGAAAUCCUGAGGAGGAGAGGCGAGCUGCUUUCUAUCACCAGCCCUGGGCCCAGGAAGCAGUGGGGAGGCACAUAUUUGCCAAGGUACAGCAGCGAAGGCAGGAACUGGAGCAGGUGCUGGGAAUUCGCCUGACCUAACUGCUCAGGGAUCUUUUCCUUUCUUCCCAGCCCUGGAGCCUGGAAGGGGACCACAGACACUUAGGGAGUGAGGGGUCUCCUGUCACCCUCUACUCUCCAGCUUUAGUUUCAUAAACAUAGUGAUAGGCUUCCUUGUUGCUUGGUCCCCAAAGCCUUAUUACUUUUCGCAUUGGCUUUAAUUGGGUUCUCAACAGAUGCCUCCUCUGCCCCCCUGCAGGUAGGCCCAAGUAGGACUGCUGGAGGCUGUGCUUUGAAGUAACUGAGACAUUCUGGAACCAAAGGCCCCUGGGUUUGCAUGUUUACAGACUCUCCCCCUGGGGCGAGUGUCAGAGCUGGCUCUGAGGAGCUGGGCGAGGAAGAGGAGGCACAGCCCAGACUCUUCUUAGCCUUUCUAAACCAAAGUUCUUUGCCAUUCCUACAAGCCCAGCCUUGCUGGUUUUUUUCCUUUCCUUUGGGCAUUUGCACUAUUUGGGGAGCAGGUUUUUCUAUGUGGGAGCCACUUUUUUUGUACAGGGGUAAUUUGGGGUUUUCAGGGAGCCCUAUCUGGUGCCUCCAUACUCAUUUUCUUUCCUCAAUCUAUGCAAGCGGCUCCAGCCGCCAUCAUCUCCUGAGAUGCCAGAGGGCUGCCUGCCUGGGGAGAAGCCUCCUAGAGGGAGGGGACAUUCCAGUUCUCUUGCAGGUGUGUGCAGGGUGAGGUGAACAGGGAGACUGGGAGGAUUGUUGUUGCCCUUUGGAGGCUGGUAAGGAGGGUGGGCCUAGGACUGGCAAGUGCCACUUCUGGCAGGUUUGGAAAUUUCCAAAUAAAUCCUUUUAUUACUGGU